AAAUAAUUCCAUGAUAACUACAUUUGUCUUGCUGGUCCUAAGCAUUCAAGCAAAAUAAAAACUAAAGAGUCAUCCCUUUUCCAAUCACCAAAUCAAAUUAAAUAGACAUACAACUAUUGAAUAAGCUCCCUUAGAUAAUUAUGGAAACAUCAUUUAUUAUAUAAAUGCAAGUUUUGGAACUCCAUAACAAGUAUUCUCCAUAGUUGUAGACACUGGAUCAGUGGUAACAAUAUAUGCAAGCACUCUUAGACAACUUGGAUAUCAAAUCAAACCUGUGAAGGAUGCAUAUUUCCAAGAUUUGAUCCAAAUAGAUCUAUUACUUUGUAAUAAGCUGACGAAGAUCAUUCAAUUAAUUACAAUAUUGGUUCCUUGAGUGGAAAAUUUGUCUAAGAUUAUGUUAGUCUGACUAAUGGUAAUUUAAAUGUCUCCAUGAAAUUCAUGUUGGCAAAUGUAUUCACUAUGCCAGGAGUAAGCUAUUGUUAUUAAUUAGAUAUUAGAUAAAAUUCUAAGGUCUCUUAGGAUUAUCAAGUUAUAAUGACCGAUAAAACAUUUUUGAAUAUGGUUAUUAAUAGAAAUUAUUGGAAACAUCAAUAUUUGGUUUAAAUUUGAAUCGAAAUCCAUAAGAGUCGAUCUUGUUGUAUAAUAAUUUUAGUGAAGAUUACUUGGAUUAAGUUGUUUGGAUGCCCAAUGUCCUUAAUCAUUAAUGGGUAUGCUUAUCAAAUUAUAAAGGUAGAGUAUGAAAGUGUAUGGAUUUUUUAUUAAUGAUAUUGAUUUGACAGAUAAGGUCACCUUAAAAAAUGGAACUAUUGCAUUAAUGGAUUCAGGUUCCUCAUGUUUAUGGCUUGAUGAAGAAAUCAUUAAUUAUAUGUUGCAUCGUUACAUUUUAGCCAACUGCAUUAGUAGUUAUUCUUGUCCCUGCAAUUCACCUUUUUAUCCAAAUUUGAAUAUCUAUUUAGCUGGAGUUAAAAUUGAGAUCACUCCUGAAAAUUACAUGAUUCCAUCAGUAGGUUAAUAUUGCAAACCUUGUUUUUCAAAAGCUGGAAAGACAACUCAUGAUUAUACUAUUUUGGGUGAUCCUGCUAUGCAAGCUAUUAUUAGCAUUUUUGACAAAGAAAACUAAUAAUUUGGAGUUUAUUAAGGAAAUAAAUUGCAUAAUUUAUUAAUUUUUUAAAUCAUUUAGAUAUCUCUGACGAUAAUAUAAUUUGUUGCUUUAUGUUUAUUUAGUUAUAAGUUUUAUUUAUACAAACGGAUUUGA